AGCCAGCCCACCCUUUCUUCUUGGACCCCAGCUUGACCAAUCAAGAAAAAAAAUUACAGAGCCAUCAAAUUUAGAGAGAGAAACACAGAGGAUGAUGAUGAUGAUGAUGAUGAUGAUGAUGCUGCUUUAAGAGCUUUUACUUUAUAUAUAAACUACACAACGCUUCAUUUCCUAGAGAGAGAAGCAAAUUACUAAAUCUUAAAAAUUACAAUAACAAGAAGAAGAAAAUUUGGAAAGAGGAAAGUUUUUCAGGACACCAGGAAGAUCAUUCACACCUUUCUUUGCUUCUUUUUAUCGUCUUUUUCUCCAGCUUCAAUUCGGACAUACUCCUCGGAAGACUAUCUUUUUUUGUUCGAGGAAAUCAUCUUGGGAAUGCUUUUACAACUUCUACCUCUUUCUGUAUCCGAUCUGACUUGCUUACUCCACCUUCCUUCUGCUGCUGCUUUCCUCGGAUGAGUUAGAGGAGAAGAUCGCCGUGUACAAUCGCCAUGGCUGCCCCAGUUAAUAUAAUAGUUGGUUCUCAUGUUUGGGUAGAAGAUCCUGUGCUGGCAUGGGUUGAUGGAGAAGUUUUCAAAAUUAAUGGUGAAGAAGUUCAUGUUCAUACCACUAAUGGGAAAACUGUCGUCGAAAAUAUUUCGAGAGUUUUUCCAAAAGAUACGGAAGCCCCUCCUGGUGGUGUUGAUGACAUGACAAAACUUUCCUACUUGCAUGAGCCAGGAGUUCUGCAUAACUUGGCCGCAAGAUAUGAACUUAAUGAAAUCUAUACGUACACUGGAAAUAUCCUGAUUGCUAUAAACCCAUUCUUACAGUCCAAUCCUGUUCUUGAAGCUUUUGGCAAUGCAAAAACUGUCAGGAAUAACAACUCCAGUCGAUUUGGUAAAUUCGUUGAGAUUCAAUUCGACAAGAAUGGGAGAAUAUCUGGGGCUGCUGUACGAACUUAUUUGCUCGAAAGAUCUCGUGUUUGCCAAAUUUCUGAUCCUGAAAGAAACUACCACUGUUUUUACCUUCUCUGUGCAGCUCCACCUGAGGUUAGAGAAAAGUACAAGUUGGAAAGCCCUAGAUCCUUUCAUUACUUGAACCAAUCUAACUGCUAUGAGCUUGAUGGAGUUGAUGAUACCCAGGAAUAUCUUGCAACCAGAAGAGCCAUGGAUAUUGUUGGAAUUAGUGAGGAAGAGCAGGAUGCAAUUUUUAGAGUUGUUGCUGCAAUUUUGCAUCUUGGUAAUGUUGACUUUGCAAAGGGAGAGGAAGUUGACUCUUCUGUCAUCAAGGAUGAGAAAUCUAGGUUCCAUCUUAGCAUGACAGCUGAACUUCUUAAGUGUGAUGCCAAGAGCUUGGAAGCUGCAUUAAUAAAGCGUGUAAUGGUGACACCAGAAGAGGUUAUUACAAGAACUCUUGAUCCUGUUGCUGCAUUGGGUAGCAGGGAUGCCUUGGCGAAAACCAUUUAUUCUCGCUUGUUUGAUUGGCUUGUGGAUAAAAUUAACUCAUCGAUUGGGCAAGAUCCUAACUCAAAACAAUUGAUUGGUGUUCUUGAUAUUUAUGGGUUCGAGAGUUUUAAGUUCAAUAGUUUUGAGCAGUUCUGUAUAAAUUUCACAAAUGAAAAGCUGCAACAGCACUUCAAUCAGCAUGUCUUUAAAAUGGAACAAGAAGAGUACACAAAAGAAGAAAUCAAUUGGAGCUACAUAGAAUUUGUUGAUAACCAGGAUGUUUUGGAUCUAAUUGAAAAGAAACCAGGAGGAAUUAUAGCACUCCUUGAUGAAGCCUGUAUGUUUCCCAAAUCCACACAUGAAACGUUUGCUCAGAAAUUGUACCAGACAUUCAAAAAUAAUAAACGGUUCAUCAAGCCUAAGCUUUCUCGUACCAAUUUUACCAUAUCCCAUUAUGCAGGGGAGGUAGUUUAUCAAGCUGAUUUGUUCCUAGACAAGAACAAAGACUAUGUUGUGGCAGAGCAUCAAGAUUUGUUGACAGCUUCAAAGUGUCCCUUUGUGGUGGCUCUGUUUCCCCCACUACCAGUGGAAUCAUCAAAAUCAUCCAAAUUUUCUUCCAUUGGGUCACGCUUUAAGCUCCAACUCCAAUCCUUGAUGGAGACUUUGAAUUCAACAGAGCCUCACUACAUCAGAUGUGUGAAGCCAAACAAUCUUCUCAAGCCUGCAAUAUUUGAGAAUGCAAAUAUAAUUCAGCAACUGCGAUGUGGUGGUGUCCUUGAGGCAAUCAGGAUUAGCUGUGCGGGAUAUCCUACAAGGAGAACAUUCUAUGAAUUCCUUAAUCGCUUUGGUCUUCUUGCUCCUGAAGUCCUGGAAGGAAACUAUGAUGACAAGGUCGCAUGCCAAAUGAUUCUGGACAAAAGAGGAUUGAAAGGUUAUCAGAUUGGAAAAUCCAAAGUCUUCCUUAGAGCAGGUCAGAUGGCUGAACUGGACACCAGAAGAGCAGAAGUGCUUGGAAAUGCAGCUAGGGCAAUUCAAAGACAAAUUCGUACUUAUAUUGCACGCAAAGAGUUUGUUGAACUACGCAAAGCUACUAUUCUAUUGCAGUCUCGUUGGCGAGGUAAACUAGCUUGCAAACUUUAUGAGGAAAUGCGUCGGGAGGCAGCAGCUGUGAAGAUCCAGAAGAUUUUCCGGCAAUAUAUUGCCAGGAAGUCCUACACUGCUGUUCUAUUAUCUGCAAUUACAUUACAGACUGGUUUGAGGGCAAUGACGGCCCGUAAUGAAUUCAGAUUCAGAAAGCAAACAAGAGCUGCUAUCAUCAUUCAGGCCCGUUUACGUUGCCAUAUCGAGUAUUCUUAUUAUAGAAAUCUUCAAAGGGCUGCAAUAGUUUCUCAAUGUGGUUGGAGGAGAAGGAUUGCUAGAAGAGAGCUCAGAAAGCUCAAGAUGGCUGCACGAGAAACAGGGGCCCUCAAAGAGGCAAAAGACAAACUGGAAAAGCGUGUAGAGGAGCUUACAUGGCGUUUACAGUUAGAGAAGCGUUUGAGGACUGAUCUAGAAGAGGAAAAGGCCCAGGAAAUUUCAAAAUUACAGGAGGCUGUUCAUGCAUUGCAAGUACAAGUAGAAGAAGCAAAUGCUGCAGUCAUUAAGGAACGAGAAGCAGCUAGGAAAGCUAUUGAAGAAGCACCUCCAGUCAUCAAGGAGACCCCUGUAAUAGUUCAAGACACAGAAAAGAUUGAUUCAUUGACCGCUGAGGUAGAGAGUUUGAAGGCUUUGUUGCUAUCUGAAAGACAGGCAGCAGAAGAUGCCAAGAAAGCUUGUUCAGAUGCUGAGGCCAAGAAUGCAGAGUUGAUUAAGAAACUAGAAGAUUCAGAACGAAAAGUGGAUCAGCUUCAGGAAUCUGUGCAAAGGUUAGAAGAGAAACUUUCCAAUUCAGAAUCAGAGAAUCAAGUUCUUCGUCAACAAGCACUGACAAUGUCACCAACAGGAAAAUCUUUAUCUGCACGAUCAAAGACAAUGAUUAUUCAGAGAACACCCGAGAAUGGAAAUGUUAUAAAUGGAGAUAUGAAGGCUGCACCGGAAAUGACUCUUGCCAUAUCAAAUGCACGCGAACCUGAAUCUGAGGAAAAACCACAGAAAUCUCUCAAUGAAAAGCAGCAGGAGAACCAGGAUCUGUUAAUCAAGUGCGUAUCACAGAAUUUGGGAUUCUCUGGAGGCAAGCCAGUGGCUGCUUGCGUGAUAUACAAAUGUCUUCUUCACUGGAGAUCAUUUGAAGUUGAAAGAACUACUGUUUUUGAUCGCAUUAUUCAGACAAUAGCCUCAGCUGUGGAGGUCCAGGAUAAUAAUGAUGUAUUAGCAUAUUGGUUAUCUAAUGCAUCAACCUUGCUGUUGCUGCUUCAACAUACACUCAAAGCAAGUGGAGCAGCUAGUUUGACUCCCCAACGAAGAAGGACAGCAUCAGCAUCACUUUUUGGGAGAAUGUCGCAGGGAUUACGAGCAUCUCCACAAAGUGCUGGCCUCUCAUUUCUUAAUGGUAGAGGGCUUAGUAGACUUGAUGACUUGAGGCAAGUUGAGGCAAAAUAUCCAGCAUUGCUAUUUAAACAGCAGCUUACAGCCUUCCUUGAGAAGAUAUAUGGAAUGAUAAGAGACAAUCUGAAGAAAGAAAUCUCGCCUCUUCUUGGAUUAUGUAUACAGGCACCAAGGAAAUCACGGGCAAGUAUGGUGAAAGGACGUCCACAAGCUAAUGCUGUUGCUCAGCAAGCUUUAAUUGCUCACUGGCAAAGCAUUGUGAAAAGCCUAAACAACUAUUUGAAAAUAAUGAAAGAAAAUUAUGUAAUCCGGAAAGUCUUCACUCAGAUAUUCUCCUUCAUCAAUGUUCAGCUUUUUAACAGUCUUCUUCUGCGGCGUGAAUGUUGCUCUUUCAGUAAUGGGGAGUAUCUGAAAGCAGGUUUAGCUGAAUUAGAACAGUGGUGUUACUCAGCAACUGAAGAAUAUGCAGGCUCUGCUUGGGAUGAGUUGAAGCAUAUCAGGCAGGCUGUUGGAUUCCUAGUCAUACAUCAAAAACCAAAGAAAACCUUGCACGAAAUAACAAAAGAACUUUGUCCAGUUCUCAGCAUUCAACAGCUGUAUCGGAUCAGUACUAUGUACUGGGAUGACAAAUAUGGCACGCAUAGUGUGUCUUCAGAUGUUAUUUCGAGUAUGAGAGUUAUAAUGACUGAGGACUCCAACAAUGCUGUCAGCAGUUCUUUUCUUCUAGAUGAUGACUCAAGCAUCCCGUUCUCAGUGGAUGACAUCUCCAAAUCAAUGCAGAAAGUAGACAUUGCUGAUGUUGAUCCUCCUCCAUUAAUUCGUGAAAACUCGGGUUUUGGGUUUUUGCUUCCACGCUCAGAAUGAUGGUCGUAAUCAUGACUUAUUGAAUCUCAUGUAAACUUCGCGCAGUUCUUUGCGCUGAAGCUUGUGCAUACAUACAUCAUAAGUCAUAUCCUCCAUGUGUAUAAUAUCUUUUUGUCCUCUAUCAACUCAGGUUCAUAUUAUUCAUGUCUGGGUCAUUUCAUUCUUUUCCCCAAGUUACUACAGCAAGGGGUAUUUGUUUAGAAGCCAUUAUCGCUAGUCAUGUGAUAAUGUGCAAUUAUAGGAAAAGGCAUUUGGAUCUCUGCCCACAACGGGCUCCUUCCAAUUUUUUGUUUUUUUGGGGGGUCUGAGCGGCUUCUUUCAUAUUGUUGUUUGUUGGUUUUAAGGGUCUUGUAGUGAAUAUUUUUGUGUGUAAUUAGUGACAUGGGUCUUAUAGGUUAUACUUUAUCAUUUAUUUGUACAAGGCAAUUUGUAUUUAGUGUGAAAAGUGAGAAUUUCUUUUUUCUUUUUGGAAUUAACACCUGUCUCUUUACCGUUGCCUCAA